GCACGUUUCUCUUCUCCUCUUCCGACCACACAUUUCAUCAAACGCCUUCUCUGCUCUCUCUCUCAUCAAUGGCUCUCGCGCUCUCGUCUGUAUCCUUCGUCCCCAAACAUUCACCCUUUGUAGCGUCCUCCAACCUCCACUCUCGCUCUUCCUCCUUCACCCCUCGCAACCCUCUCUCGAUCGACCCAUCGAUCUCUCUCCGAUCCUUCGCAAGGAAGAAGGGCAGGAGGAGGAGAAAUGGGAGCUGCUCGGUCUUCUCGGCCUCCGCUGACUACUACUCGACUCUCGGGGUCCCAAAGUCCGCUACCACCAAGGAGAUCAAGACUGCUUACAGGAGGUUGGCUCGUCAGUAUCACCCUGAUGUCAAUAAGCAACCUGGAGCAACUGAAAAGUUUAAGGAGAUCAGCACCGCUUAUGAGGUGCUGUCAGAUGAUAAGAAAAGGUCUUUGUAUGAUCAAUAUGGUGAAGCUGGAGUUAAGAGUGCUGUAGGGGGUUCAGCUGGUUCAUAUACGACUAAUCCUUUUGACCUAUUUGAGGCUUUCUUUGGUUCCAAUAUGGGUGGCUUCUCUGGUGUGGACCAGAGUUCAUUUAGAACACGCAAGCGUGGUUCUGCUCUCAAGGGUGAAGAUAUUAGAUAUGACAUGAUCUUGGAGUUUUCGGAGGCUAUUUUUGGAGCUGAAAAAGAAAUUGAGUUGUCUCAUUUGGAAACUUGUGAUGUGUGCAUGGGUACUGGGUCAAAGGUUGGUUCCAAGAUGAGAAUAUGUUCGACCUGUGGUGGAAGAGGUCAAGUAAUGCGAACGGAGCAGACACCUUUUGGGUUGUUCUCCCAGGUAUCUGUAUGUCCAACUUGUGUUGGUGAAGGUGAAAUCAUUUCCGAGUAUUGUCGGAAGUGUGCUGGUGAAGGGAGAAUUCGUGUCAAAAAAGAUAUUAAAGUGAAAAUACCUCCUGGUGUUAGUAAAGGGAGCACACUUCGUGUUCGGGGUGAAGGUGAUGCUGGACCUAAAGGGGGACCUCCAGGAGAUCUUUAUGUGUGCCUUGAGGUGGAAGAGAUACCAGAGAUACAAAGAGAUGGCAUCAAUUUACGUUCAACUGUUUCCAUAGACUACAUUGAAGCGAUCUUGGGUUCGGUUGUUAAGGUGAAGACAGUUGAUGGAUCUAGUGAACUUCAAAUACCACCUGGUACUCAACCUGGGGACGUGGUUGUUCUAGCAAAGCGAGGUGUCCCGAAACUAAACAAGCCAUCUAUACGUGGUGAUCAUUUGUUCACUAUUAAGGUCUCUAUACCAAAACGUAUCAGUGGAAAAGAACGUGAACUUCUUGAAGAACUUGCAUAUUUGAACGAUAAGUCAGUGACACGCGUACGUCCUCGUCACAACACCGAACCACAAAUUAAAAGAGCAGAAAGUCAAACGAACGUCGAGAAAGAAGAUCCUGAAAAGCCUAAGGAAGAAAAUGACUUGUGGAAGCAGCUAAAAGACUUGGCUGGGUCUGCUGCAAACGGAGUGCUGAAAUGGCUUAACGACAACCUUUGAUUCAAGAUUAAGAUUCUCGCAAUUUUUGAUCAUAUCAUUCUGUGCAAUUGGGCCAACAAUUCUUUUUUUUUUUUUUUUUUGAACUUUUCCCAUUCUUAUUGCAAUUAGGCCAGAUGCCUAAUUUCGUAGGGUGUUUCUUUAUAUGCUCUUGUAAAAUUAGUUAUACAUAAAAGCAGUGUGUAUGUGCUUUGGCAGAGGAAAUUAAAAAAAAAUCAAAAUUUUCAGGCUC